UCCAGCUCUUCACUUCAACACCAAAUCUACUGGCAACUUGCAAUAAAGCAUCUCAGGAUGGGCGAGCCUUUAUCAGUGACCGAUUACUAUGACGACUCCACCGAAACGAGUCACAGCGCCGACAUGUUUGAGAUGUGUGAGAGCAGCAGCGCCCAAGAGCUCCACAUCAAGGUGUUCCAGACGUGUGUCUUCGUCGUGGUUUUUCUGCUGGGGCUGCUGGGUAACUCCCUGGUGAUCACCACCUUCGCCCUGUACCGCCGCUUCCACCUGCGCUGCAUGACAGACGUCUUCCUGCUCCACUUGGCCAACUCGGACCUCCUGCUUGUGCUGACCAUACCUCUGCAGGCCGCUGACACCUUGCUGGACAGCUGGGAGUUCGGCACCUUCUUCUGCAAAGCCACCCGGGGCCUGUACGCGGUCAACACCUACAGCGGGCUGCUCCUGCUAGCCUGCAUCAGCGUCGACCGUUACGUGGUCAUAGUGUGGGCACAGGCCGCCCACAGGCUGCGGCGGCGGAUGCUGUUCUGCAGCAAGAUGGCUGCGCUGGGUGUGUGGGCUGUCUCCGCUCUCCUCAGCCUCCCCGAGAUCAUGUUCGCUCACGUGGAGGCCAGGGGCGACGGAGGAGGGGCACAGUGCGAGAUGUAUGUGUGGGUAAAGGAGAGCUGGCGGGUCAAGAUGGCCACCUGGGGCGCACAGAUAACAGGCUUCUGCGUACCGUUCCUCAUCAUGCUGUUCUGCUACGGUACAAUAGGCCGCACCUUGAUGCAAGGCCGGGGCUGGAAGCGGCAGCGUACUCUAAGGUUGAUGGCGGCUCUGGUGCUGGUGUUCAUGCUGUUCCAGCUGCCGUACACAACGCUGCUUUCCAUGAAGGCGGCCGGCCCGCCAGAGACCUGCGCCGAGUGGGGUCAGAUCCUGCUGGCGGAGUACACCACACGCAGCCUGGCCUACACCCGCUGCUGCCUCAACCCCCUGCUUUACGCUCUGGUGGGCGUGCGCUUCCGCAACGACGUCAAGAGUCUGCUCCGUGAUAUGGGCUGCCUGUGCCACGACUGGCUGAGCUCCAACGCCGAAAGCUGCUCCUCAGGCUCCCCCGGGUUGCCACCGCCCACCUCCAUCGUCUCCUGUCAUUCCUCCAUUUCGCCAACUGCCAGAGACCCCCUCUAUGUGAGUCACUCCACAGCAUUCCCCUAUCCGGAGCUUUCACAGUCCUGAACCCCCGGUCCCUGUUAAACCUCCUGGCUGACCGAGUACAGCUGCCUUUUUC